AUGCUCAAAAGAGCGCGAGUAAUAUAUUGUGGGAUUGCGGAGUUGAUCGCAUUUUCUGUUCUGCCUCCGAACUCCGAAUCAAAGAGAUACAAGCCGGUUACAAGCAGUUCCGGUCUUGAAGUGACCCUGCGUAUGUUACUCGGUAGUGGGUGGUUUGUCCUUACCCAUUUACUCACCGCGGCUCACUCCGAGCAAUCAUCCAUUUUCACUCUGAGCUCCGAGGGCACACCCCUUCCCCUGUGCGAUGGAGUUCAGCUUGGUGGAAACGCACUGCAAAGAACUGACUGUAUACGGGGCACAGGGGUGCAGUGUUCCCCCGCGUUACGCGAACCCGUCAUCCACUUACGCGAUGUUGAGCCUCGAUUGCCGGAUAUGACUGCUUGGGAAUACUUCAAGCACAAGAAAGUGCACUGGCUCGUCGAAAUGCUCGCCGAAAUGCUCGGCGCGUUUCUCUACGUCUAUUCAGGUCUAGGGUCCACCGCAGCAUAUGUAGUCGGAGCGAUAACAUCACAAAAUGGGAUCGGAUCUCUAUAUACCGUCGGCUUUUCGUACGCCAUCGGUGUCGUAAUUUCUAUCACACUUUGCGCGGCAACCUCGGGUGGGCAUAUUAAUCCGGGACUUACCAUAACUCUCUGCAUGUUCAGGGGUUUUCCCAUUGCUAAAGUGGCGAGGUUCGUAUUGCGUAGCACUUUUCCUUCGUUGAUCAUCUGUUCGAAGUUACCCCGCAGAUAUAUCCUCGCUCAGGUACUUGGCGUCUACGUGGCUUGUUUAAUAAUUUACAUGCAAUGGAAAGACCAUCUAGUUGCUGCCGAAAAUGUCUUAAAGGCGCAGGGAACUUAUGAUACCACAAUGUUCACGAAUGUUGGGCCAGCGGGAGUGUUCGCACUUUACCCAACUCCGAAGGUGAAUCUAUAUCGUGUGUUGCUCAACGAGUUCAUGAGCAAUUUCGUACUUGGUCUCGCUAUAUGUGGAUGUAGGGAUCCGACGAAUCACUUCGUCCCCCCUGCACUCGCACCUUGGAUCAUCGGUUUCACAUAUGCGGUUGUGAUCUGGGGAUACGCUCCGACAGGUGCACCUGCUAAUACUGCUCGAGAUGUCGGGGGACGCCUAAUGGCAAUGACAAUUUGGGGGCCGAAAGCCUCUGGGGGGGCAUACGCCGCCAUAUCAGCGCUGACGAACACCCCUGCCACUAUUUUGGCCUUUGCCGUCUACGAUUUUCUCCUUGGCUCUUCGACUCGCGUAAUCACUUCACAUCAUGUUGAAGUUUACCGCGCUCGUACGCAGUACCACACAGAAAACGACCUCCAAUUGCAAAACCCAGACCGUAUUGCAAACGUGGCUAGAGCUAAAUCCGUUGGGAGAACAACCACGGACAUGACUUCUACGGAGGGUCCGAUGUGCCGAGAACAUGACAGCAGGAAGCCGCCCUUCUCAGCCCGUUCAUAUCCUAUGCCUUGCUCCUCCCACUCUACCUCGGAGGUACAACCCUACUUUCAUACGGACGGCCCAGUGUUCUGAGAACCCUUCCUGUGCACCCUGAAUCUCGAUUGGUGUGCGAGGACGUGAGGAAGCCGUUCUUCUCAGCCUAUUCAUAUCUUAUGUCUUGCUCCUCCCACUCUCCCUCGGAAGUA